UGUAUUUUUUUUUUUUAGGAAUUGCCAUCCUGCCUUUUACAGUGGCAUCACCUCCAUUCCAUCAGUGGUGUGUAGAGGACCCCAGUUUCUUCAGACAGGAGAGCCCCUGAAAGACGUGUCCACGAUGGUCUGCUCAGCCCUGGGCAGAGUGGCCCCAGUGAAAGCCUGCUUAGGCUGGAGGGCUCCAGCCUGGAUCCCUCUUUUGCGGAAGGCCAGCGGUGUUCCCAGAGGCCACCGGCACCAGGCCCCAAGGGGCAGUCCCGCAGCCCCAGAGCCUGCUGCCCGCAGUGGUGUGUUGGAGCUGCUUGGCCAGUCCUACCCCCAGGAUGGCCUCAGCAACGUGUCCCGCAGGGUCCUCACCAAAGUGGGCAGGAACCUGCACAACCAGCAGCACCACCCUCUGUGGCUCAUCAAGGAGCGGGUGAAGUCACACUUCUACCGGCACUAUGUGGGCCGCUCGGGAACACCGCUCUUCUCCGUCUACGACAAUCUGUCUCCGGUGGUCACCCCCUGGCAGAACUUUGACAGCCUGCUCAUCCCAGCUGACCACCCCAGCCGGAAACAGGGCGACAACUACUAUCUGAACGGGACUCACAUGCUGCGUGCACACACUUCGGCCCACCAGUGGGACCUGAUGCACUCGGGGCUGGAUGCCUUCCUGGUGGUGGGCGACGUGUACCGGCGAGACCAGAUCGAUGCCUCCCACUACCCCGUUUUCCACCAGCUGGAGGCCGUCCGCCUCUUCUCCCAGCACCAGUUAUUUGCUAGCAUAAAAGAUGGAGAAACCAUGAAGCUCUUUGAACAAAGUUGUCGCUCUUCCCAUAAACAAGAGACACAUACCAUGGAAGCUGUGAAGCUGGUUGAGUUUGACCUUAAGCAAACGCUUACUCGGCUCAUGACCCAUUUGUUUGGAGAUGGGUUGGACAUCAGAUGGGUGGACUGCUACUUCCCUUUUACUCAUCCUUCCUUCGAAAUGGAGAUCAACUUCCAUGGAGAAUGGCUCGAAGUUCUGGGCUGUGGCGUGAUGGAGCAACAGCUGGUAAAUUCAGCUGGUGCCCAGGACCGGAUAGGUUGGGCCUUCGGCCUGGGUUUGGAGAGACUCGCCAUGAUCCUGUAUGACAUCCCUGACAUCCGUCUCUUCUGGAGCGAGGACGAGCGCUUCCUCAAGCAGUUCUGCCUUUCAGAUAUCAACCAGAAGGUGAAAUAUCAGCCUCUCAGCAAGUACCCUGCUGUGACAAAUGACAUUUCCUUUUGGUUGCCCUCCGAGAAUUACACAGAGAAUGAUUUCUAUGACGUAGUUCGAACAAUUGGUGGAGACCUGGUGGAAAAAGUUGAUCUUAUAGACAAGUUUGAACAUCCAAAGACACACAAGACCAGCCACUGCUACCGCAUCACCUACCGCCACAUGGAGCGCACCCUGUCCCAGCGGGAGGUGGGGCACAUCCAUCAGGCCGUGCAGGAGGCCGCCGUGCAGCUGCUGGGUGUGGAGGGCAGGUUCUGAUGGCACCACCUCCCCCCAGGCCUCCUGAUGACAAAGAAAAGCAUCCGUGGAAUGGAGAAGCUGCUCUCUUCUGAUGGAGGGAAGGGACCGGCGUUCAGACUUUCCAAGAAUAAAAGAUGACUCUGAAGAAACCACA